AUGGCAUGCUCAUCUUCCACCUCUGCUUCUUCCCUCUUAUCUCUAAACCCUAAUUCAUCACUCUUCUCUCCCAAAAAACCUAUUUCCACUCUCUCCAUCCCUAAUUCUCUCCCUAAACCCUUCUCACUCCCUUCACUUUCAUUCUCUCGCCCCUCUCCUCUUCAACACUCUUCUCGCCGCAGUUCCUUCCUCGUUAAUGCCUCUAGUGAGCUUCCAUUGGUUGGAAAUGUAGCACCCGAUUUUGAAGCAGAGGCUGUUUUUGAUCAAGAGUUUAUCAAGGUCAAACUCUCUGACUAUAUUGGCAAGAAGUAUGUUAUCCUAUUUUUCUAUCCAUUGGACUUCACCUUUGUUUGUCCAACAGAAAUCACUGCUUUCAGUGACCGACAUGCAGAGUUUGAAGCAAUAAACACUGAGAUUUUGGGUGUUUCAGUUGACAGUGUGUUCUCGCACCUUGCAUGGGUUCAAUCAGAUAGAAAGUCAGGUGGCCUCGGUGACUUGAAUUAUCCUCUGGUUUCUGAUAUCACCAAAUCCAUAUCAGAAUCUUAUGGUGUUCUCAUUCCUGAUCAGGGAAUUGCAUUGAGAGGACUGUUCAUUAUCGACAAGGAAGGAGUUAUUCAACAUUCUACCAUCAACAACUUGGGAAUUGGUAGAAGUGUCGAUGAGACAAAGAGAACACUCCAGGCCCUGCAGUAUGUACAAGAGAACCCAGAUGAAGUCUGCCCUGCUGGAUGGAAGCCCGGGGAGAAAUCCAUGAAACCAGACCCCAAACUUAGCAAAGAUUACUUUGCUGCGGUGUAA